CCGUCACGGUGCAGCCCAGCGCUGGCACCUUGCAGCCCCCUUCCCGCCGCGCCUGGAGCGCAGGACCGUACGGAGGGGUAAGGGCGCCCACCCCCCCCCCGGUUCUACCCGCCCCUCUAUCUCCGGGUCACCCUAGCCAACUGCACCCCAGUCCCAGCUCCUCGAUCAGCCCACCCCCCACCCUGGGCCUGGCACCCCGGAAGCCACCGCGAGGAGGGCCGUGGGCCAGGCUCAGCCUCGCGCCGCCCACCGGCGGCUAGGAGGAGAUGGCCCAGGGGAGCAAGGUGCGGGAGAUCGCCCCUUCCACCAGGGCCGAGGGCUGGUCCACACCCCCGAGCCCCGACAUGGAGGAACUGCUCCGGAGCGUGGAGAGGGAUCUGAAUAUCGAUGUCCGGCAGCUGGCUCCGGCCCCGGGGGGCACCCACGUGGUGGCCCUUGUGCCCUCGCGCUGGCUCGCCAGCCUCCGCGAUCGCCGGCUAGGACCCUGUCCCCGGGCAGAGGGCCUAAGCGAAGCGGAAGUCCGGACGCUCCUGCAGCGCUCGGUGCAGAGGCUGCCCCCGGGCUGGACGCGUGUGGAGGUGCACGGGCUGCGGAAACGGAGGCUGUCCUACCCGCUGGGCGGGGCUCAGUCCUUUGAGGAGGGGUCUUACAGCCCCGAGACUCUCACCGGAUUCAUGCAGGAAGUGGCUGCUCGGAAUUAUCGUAACCUGUGGCGCCAUGCGUAUCAGACCUAUGGGCAGCCCUAUAGUCAUAGCCCUGCCCCCUCGUCUGUCCCUGCCUUGGACUCGGUCAGGCAGGCUCUGCAGAGGGUUUAUGGCUGCCCCUUUUUGCCAGUAGGUGAAGCCUCCCAAUGCCUGUCAUCUGCCAGAGAUGCCCUCUAUCCCCUUCGGGGCAGCCCAACCUGCCCCAGCCUUUUGCGAGCGGAGGCCCUGCUGGAGUCCUUGGAGAUGUUGUAUGUGGUACACCCUUAUGUGCAGUUCUCCCUGCACGAUGUAGUAACCUUUAGCCCCGCCAAACUGACCAACAGCCAAGCCAAGGUGCUUUUUAUUCUUUUCCGUGUGCUGAGGGCCAUGGAUGCCUGUCACCGCCAGGGGCUGGCAUGUGGGGCCCUGUCAUUGCACCACAUCGCUGUGGAUGAGAAGCUUUGCAGCCAGCUCCGGCUGGACUUAAGUGCUUAUGAAUUGCACACAGAAGAUGAGAACAAGCAGGUCCCUGUGGUAAGGGAUGGGACAGCCAUUAAGUCUCACAAAGAGGGGUCAGGGAGACCUGAGUGUCACACCUGCCAGGAAGAACUGAGGGGCCUUGUUCUAGAUUGGGUCCAUGGCCGCAUCAGCAAUUUCCACUACCUCAUGCAGCUGAAUCGGUUGGCAGGUCGACGGCAGGGGGAUCCCAACUAUCACCCGGUGCUCCCCUGGGUGGUGGAUUUUACCACGCCCCGUGGGCGCUUCCGGGACCUGCGCAAGUCCAAGUUCCGCCUCAACAAAGGGGAUAAGCAACUAGACUUCACGUAUGAGAUGACACGGCAGGCGUUUGUCGCAGGCGGUGCUGGUGGUGGGGAGCCACCUCAUGUUCCUCAUCACAUCUCUGAUGUGCUGUCAGAUAUCACCUACUACGUGUACAAGGCUCGUCGCACACCCAGGUCCAUACUCUGUGGACAUGUCCGAGCGCAGUGGGAGCCCCAUGAAUAUCCCGCCAGCAUGGAGCGGAUGCAGGCCUGGACCCCUGAUGAGUGCAUCCCUGAGUUCUACACUGAUCCCUCUAUCUUUUGCUCCAUCCACCCUGACAUGCCUGACCUGGAUGUGCCAGCCUGGUGCAGUUCCAAUCAGGAGUUUGUGGCGGCCCACCGGGCAUUGCUAGAGAGCCGCGAGGUGUCGCAGGACCUACACCACUGGAUUGACCUCACCUUUGGCUACAAACUCCAGGGCAAGGAGGCUGUGAAGGAGAAGAACGUAUGCCUACAUCUGGUGGAUGCCCACACCCACCUGACCAGCUAUGGUGUGGUGCAGCUCUUCGAUCAGCCACACCCUCAGCGCCUGGCUGGGGCUCCUGCCCUUACCCCUGAGCCUCCACUCGUCCCCCGGCUAUUGGUUCAGAACAUCCAGGAGACUACAGGCCGGGAAGACUUCCCAGGACAGCUCACAAAUGGGAUGGGCAGGCUCGUUUUAGAGGCUGCUCCAUGUGAGGCUGUCUGGACGGGAGACAGGCCGAUGGCAGGGGAAGAUGACUUAGAGCAGGCCACAGAAGCUCUGGAUUCCAUCUCUGUCCCUGGGAAAGCAGGGGACCAGCUGGGCUCCACUUCCAGUCAAGCCUCUCCUGCUGUCCUGUCUUUCUCAGCAGCCUCAGCCUGUCGACCUGGCCGCAGGAAUAGAGCUGGUGGGACAGAUCCUGGCGAGGGUGAGGAGGGCAAGAUCCAUCUUCCUGAAGGCUUCAAUCCCUUGCAGGCCCUGGAGGAGUUGGAGAAAAUGGGCCACUUUCUGGCGAAAGGCCUAGGGGGCCAGUUGGAGGUGCAAGAGCAGUCUCAGAUCCAGCCACCUGUACAGCUGCAGGACUUCUUCCACCGGGACAUGCAGGCACUGGGUGUCCUAUUGGCAGAGAUGGUGUUUGCCACCAGGGUCCGGACGCUGCAGCCUGACUCAUCUUUGUGGGUACGCUUUGAGGCUGUUCGGGGACUGUGUAUACGCCACAUUAAGGAGGUCCCUGUGUCUUUGCAGCCUGUGCUGGAUACACUCCUGCAACUGAGUGGACCUGGAGACCCCGUGGUUGAGAAGAGGGGCACAUUGGACCCCCUGUUUGAGUAUAGACCCGUCUCCCAGGGAUUGCCCCCACCCUGUCCAGCCCAGCUUCUCAGCCCCUUCAGCUCUGUAGUUCCCUUCCCUCCCUACUUCCCAGCCCUACACAGGUUCAUCCUCUUGUAUCAGGCAAGGCGCAUAGAGGAUGAGACCCAGGGACGGGAGCUAGUAUUUGCUCUGUGGCAGCAACUGGGCUCAGUUCUAAGUGAUAUCACUCCCGAGGGCCUGGAGAUCCUACUGCCCUUUGUGCUGUCACUCAUGUCAGAGGAGCACACAGCUGUGUACACAGCUUGGUAUCUAUUUGAGCCUGUUGCCAAGGCACUGGGCCCCAAAAAUGCCAAUAAGUACCUCCUGAAGCCUCUCAUUGGUGCCUACGAGAGCCCCUGCCGGCUGCAUGGCCGCUUCUACCUGUAUACUGACUGUUUUGUGGCGCAGCUGAUGGUGCGGCUGGGCUUGCAGGCCUUUCUGGUCCACCUACUGCCCCAUGUCCUGCAGGUGCUGGCUGGUGUGGAGGUUUCCCAGGAGGAGAGCAAGGGCCUGGGAGGGGCCACAGAGGAUGAGGAAAGCCAGCUCCCAGGGUCUGGGCCUGGCUCCUGUGCCUUUGGGGAAGAGAUUCAGAUGAAUGAGGAGCCUGCUGCCUCCUCAGGCCUGGGGCUCCCAGACUACACAUCAGGGGUCAGCUUCCAUGACCAGGCUGACCUCCCUGAGACAGAGGACUUCCAAGCUGGGCUCUAUGUGGCUGAGUCUUCACAGCCCCAGGAGGCCGAGGCUGUGAGCCUGGGCCGUCUGAGUGACAAAAGCAGCACCAGUGAGACCUCGCUGGGCGAGGAGCGGGCUGCAGAAGAUGGGGCUGCCCCUGUGGACAAGAGCAGCCUCAGGUCAGGUGACAGCAGCCAGGACUUGAAGCAGAGCGAGGGCUCGGAGGACGAGGAGGAAGAAGAAGAAGGCUGUGUGGUGCUGGAGGAGGAGGAGGGGGAGCAGGAUGAGAUCACCGGGGCAGCUGAACUUGCUCUGUCGGACACAGUGCUGUCCAUGGAGACAGUUGUGACUGGUGGCGGUGAGGGAGACACAGAGGAGCAGGAGCAGGAGCCCCUGACAGAGCAGUCAGAAGGCAAGGAACAGAAGAUCCUCCUUGAUACAGCCUGCAAGAUGGUCCGCUGGCUGUCAGCCAAGCUUGGCCCCACAGUGGCCUCCCGCCACGUGGCCCGGAACCUGCUGCGCCUGCUGACGUCUUGUUAUGUUGGGCCCACUCGGCAGCAGUUCACGGUCAGCAGUGGCGAGAGCCCUCCACUGAGUGCUGGCAACAUCUACGAGAAGAGGCCAGUAUUGGGUGACAUAGUAUCCGGGCCUGUGCUCAGCUGCCUCCUCCACAUUGCCCACCUGUAUGGAGAGCCCGUCCUCACCUACCAGUACCUGCCCUACAUCAGCUACCUGGUGGCCCCAGCCAACAACUCAAGCCCCAGCCGACUGAACAGCCGCAAAGAGGCAGGACUGCUGGCUGCAGUGACACUAACUCAGAAGAUCAUUGUGUACCUCUCAGACACCACUCUCAUGGACAUCCUGCCUCGGAUUAGCCACGAGGUCCUGCUGCCUGUGCUCAGCUUCCUCACCUCCCUCGUCACAGGGUUCCCAAGUGGGGCCCAGGCCCGGACUAUCCUGUGUGUGAAGACCAUCAGCCUUAUUGCCCUCAUCUGCCUGCGCAUCGGGCAGGAGAUGGUCCAGCAGCACCUGAGUGAACCUGUGGCCACUUUCUUUCAAGUCUUCUCUCAGCUGCAUGAGCUUCAGCAGCAGGAUCUGCAGCUUGAUCCUGAGGGCUGUGGCGAGGGCCAGCUGCCAGAGGCAACCUUCUUUGAUGGUCAGCGGCGGUUGGUGGACCCUACUGUGCUGGAUGAGCUGCAGAAGGUGUUCACCCUAGAGAUGGCAUACACAAUCUACGUGCCAUUCUCCUGCCUGUUGGGUGACAUCAUCCGGAAAAUCAUCCCUAACCAUGAGCUGGUUGGGGAACUGGCAGGACUGUACCUGGAAAGCAUCAGGCUGAGUACCCACAAUCCUGCCAGCAUGGAGCUCGCCAUGCCCAGCACCAGCCCUGAGUGGGACUCCCGGGGUGGGAGCUGUCCCCAGGAUGAUGGCCACUCAGGGACUUUUGGGAGUGUCCUGAUUGGAAAUCGAAUCCAGAUCCCUAAUGAUUCUCAGCUUGAAAGUCCUGGGCUGCUGGGCCCCAUCUCAGGUGGUGGCGGCCUUGGCGUCGGGAAUGAGGACAAUGCCUUAAAGCGGGAGCUGCCACGGAGCGCCCAUGGCCUGAGUGGAAACUGGUUGGCAUACUGGCAGUAUGAGAUUGGUGUGAGCCAGCAGGAUGCACAUUUCCACUUCCACCAGAUUCGCCUGCAGAGCUUCCCAGGCCACUCAGGGGCUGUCAAGUGUGUGGCUCCUCUGAGCAGCGAGGACUUCUUCCUGAGUGGUAGCAAGGAUCGAACUGUGCGCCUGUGGCCACUGUACAACUAUGGGGAUGGGACCAGUGAGACAGCCCCCCGCCUCAUCUAUGCCCAGCACCGGAAGAGUGUGUUCUACGUAGGCCAGCUUGAGGCUCCACAGUAUGUGGUGAGCUGUGACGGGGCUGUGCACGUCUGGGACCCCUUCACAGGGAAGACUGUUCGUACAGUGGAGCCAUUGGACAGCCGGGUGCCCCUGACUGCAGUGGCUGUCAUGCCUGCCCCCCACACCAGUAUCACCAUGGCCAGCUCUGACUCUACCCUGCGCUUUGUGGACUGCAGGAAGCCUGGCCUGCAGCAUGAGUUCCGCCUGGGUGGCGGGCUGAACCCUGGGCUUGUCCGCUCCCUGGCAGUCAGCCCCAGUGGCCGUAGUGUUGUGGCUGGUUUCUCUUCGGGCUUCAUGGUGCUCCUGGACACCCGCACAGGCCUGGUUCUGCGAGGCUGGCCAGCUCAUGAAGGGGACAUUCUACAGAUCAAGGCAGUGGAGGGCAGUGUCCUGGUCAGCUCCUCCUCUGACCACUCCUUGACCGUCUGGAAGGAGCUGGAGCAGAAGCCCACGCAUCAUUACAAGUCAGCAUCUGACCCCAUCCACACCUUUGACCUGUACGGCAGCGAAGUGGUCACUGGCACUGUAGCCAAUAAGAUCGGCGUCUGCUCCUUAUUGGAGCCACCCUCCCAGGCCACCACAAAGCUUAGUUCUGAGAACUUCCGAGGCACCCUCACCAGCCUGGCCUUGCUGCCCACAAAACGCCAUCUUCUGCUGGGCUCAGACAAUGGCGUCAUCCGCCUGCUGGCAUAGAGCUUACGACAGAAGCUGGCUUGGCAGAGCAGGCUGGCAGCUCCUGGGAGUCGAGCUCCUCACUUUGAUGCUGCAAAACAUUCCUCCAAUCUCUGUAUCCACAUGGCCUGCCUGAGAGGGCCCCCAGGGGGUCCUAGCCCCUGAAUUCCAAAGCCAUGAGAGCUGCCAGAGGGGUGUCAGUCAUGGCUUGUGCAGACACUGCUCCUAGCCAGAAGGAGGCAAGGAGAACAGGGGAAAAAAAUGUGACCUCCAUUUCUCCCCACCUCUGCCUUCCAGAACAGGCAAGUUCCAGGAAGGGGAAGGGAGACUGGUUUUGCCAUGCCAGCUCCCAUGGGGCUGUCCUUGCUCCUGUGCCCCAAGGACAGGAAACUGCCCCAGUCCAGGGCACUGAUGGUGCUUGGACUCCAGGAGGGCUAAGGAAGGCUGGUCAUAACCCAGGACUCUGGGUUUCAUGUUCAGCCAGGCCCUGCCUGGUGGGGGACCAGGAAGAGAAGAGGAAAGGGCCAGGGGUGGGAAGGUGGGCUGGGCCAGUUGGUCCCUGCCAGGAGUGAUUCCAUACCUUGUGUGUCCAUCCCUCACCACAGUGUUUGUGCCUUGAGAUGAGGAGGCAGCCUCUGGGCCCAGGAGGGUGGUCCAAGAUCCUGAGAAAAGGGACCAGAAGAAUCGUCUGCAUCUCACAGGUCUCUUACAAGGGGCAGGGAGCCCCAGGAAUCUCUAAGUCCUAAUCUAGAGCAGAGCUGAGGUCUGUGGCUUGCCUCCUCACUAUUUGCAAUAGAUGUAAAUAUGAUCAAUAAAUCCUUUGGAAGA